AUGCCACCCCGACGCAGCGCUAGGGCUGCUGCGGCUGCUGCGCCAUCUGCCUCUCAGGCCGCUUCGCAGUCCGUUUCACCGCUGGAGGAUUGUGUCGUCGCUAUCAGCGGCGCCUUUCCCGACCUGACGCAGGCCCAGGCAAAGGAUAAAAUCACAUCCCUAGGCGGCACUGUCUCGCCGUCCGUCCACAAUAAAACCACACAUUUGCUCACAACUGAGCAUGAUUUUUUGGCCAACACCACCAAAGUCAAGGCCGCCACAGCAAAGGACAUUCUGAUCGUUAGGUACGAUUGGCUGCUCGAUUGUGAAGCCAAGGGCAAGCGACUCUCUGAGAAGCAGUAUGAUGUUAGUGCCAAAGCUACUGCUGCGCAGGCCGUCGUCCAGUCUCAGCAGUCACAGGCUGCUUCCAAGUCCAAAGCCACCAAGAAGCGCGCCGCCAGUGUCACCUCAGAUGACGAGUCAGAUAAAGGCAAACAGCCGGUGAAAAAGAGAAAGGCCACCAACGGCAAUGCCAAUGGCAAAGCGAAUGGUGCCAAGCAAGAGUCUGAAAACGAAUCAGAGCCCGCUAAAGGCAAAGCUUCCAAGGAAAAGAAGGCUGUCAAGGAGGAGGCCGGGGAGGAGCAGAAAGUCGAUGGGCAGGUUGCCAAGUCCAAGGACGUCCAUGUUCCCCUUGACGAGGCAUGUUUACUCAGCGGCUACUCUGUCUACAUAGACACCAACGGCCAUAUCUGGGAUGCGUCACUCAACCAGACAAACGCGAGCAACAACAACAACAAGUUCUACCGCCUCCAAGUUAUCAGGAACGCGCAGGGUGACUUCAAAACCUGGACGCGUUGGGGCCGGGUCGGCGAACGAGGUGCAACUGCGACCCUUGGCAGCGGCACAGAGGAGUCGGCGAUCAGCCAGUUUGAGAAGAAGUUCAAGGACAAGUCAGGACUUGACUGGUCCAACCGGAUGGCGCCUCCCAAGCCCAAAAAGUACACUUUCAUCGAGCGCAGCUACAACCAAGACUCGGACGAGGAGGAAGAGGCUGCUGAAGAGGAAGCGAAAGAUGACAAAUGGGUGCCUCCUGAGUGCAAGCUUGAAGAAGCGGUUCAGGACCUCAUGAAGCUUAUUUUCAACCAGCAGUACUUUGCCGCAGCAAUGUCGGAGCUCAACUACGACGCAAACAAACUGCCGUUGGGAAAACUGAGCAAGCAAACCAUAUCUCGUGGCUUCCAGGCUUUAAAAGAUCUCUCGGCUCUCCUGGAUGAUGCAUCCAUAGCCGCGACGGAAUAUCCGGACAUGAGUGUUCAAGAAGCCAUCGAGCAUCUGUCCAACACGUACUACUCUGUCAUUCCACACGCCUUUGGACGCAACAGACCGCCCGUCAUUCAAGAGAAGAGCCUCCUGAAGAAGGAAGUUGAAUUGUUGGAAAGCUUGAGCGACAUGAAGGACGCCUCGAACAUCAUGGGCAAGGAUAAGGUCGGCGAUCCGGUGCACCCGCUGACCAAGAUGUACAACGGUCUCAACCUCAGUGAGAUGACGGCUCUCGAAAAGGAUUCCAGCGAGUUCCGUUUACUCAAGGAGUACCUCAACGACUCGCGCGGACAGACCCAUGGCCAUAGCUACACGGUCCGGGAGAUCUUCCGCAUCGAGCGACAAGGCGAAAAGGAGCGGUUCGAGAAGGAAUCUCCCGUCAGCGGCGCUGGGGAUCGGAGGCUGCUGUGGCACGGCUCGCGAGUCACCAACUAUGGAGGUAUCCUCAGCCAGGGCCUCAGAAUCGCGCCGCCAGAGGCUCCUGUAUCGGGAUACAUGUUUGGCAAGGGCAUCUACCUGGCUGAUAUGUCAUCGAAGUCGGCCAACUAUUGCUGCUCUUACAUCUCUGGCAAUGAGGCGCUUCUCCUGCUCUGCGAAGCGCAGCUUGGCGACCCUAUGCAGGAAUUGACAGACUCGGACUACGACGCAGGCGACAAUGCCGCAAAGAAGGGAAUGUACUCGACUUGGGGUCGGGGUAUGACUGGACCGUCGAAGUGGAAGGAUGCUGCCGUCGUGCACGAAAGCCUCAAGGGCGUCAAGAUGCCCGACACAAGCGUCAAGCCGGGCGAUACCGGCCAUCCCAAUGCAUGGUUGCAGUACAAUGAAUACAUUGUCUACAACCUGGCGCAAGUGCGUCUUCGGUACUUGUUGCGGGUUAAGAUGUAG